AAGAGCAAGGGGAAACAUGUGAGCGCUCUGAGGAUCUAGUGAGAGACAAUUUUGUGCUUACUUUUUUGACCCAAUGCACUGUGCUGAAACGGAUUUUAAAUCAGAAGGAAGGACACAAAUUAAGCUUACUGCAAUUCUCAGAGUUUGCUUAUUCUUUGCUUUGUUUUCUUUACGAGAGAAAAAUGUGUAUUUCUGGGGUAUGCCAUCAUAACCAGCACUACCAUUAAUUUAUUUUAAAUAACAUUUUUUUCUUUAGCAAAUAUUUAAUUCUGAUUACUUUAUGCGUAUACCUUUAUUAAACUAAAUUAUUAUAAUCGUUUACCUGUGAUACAGCAUAUAGGUCUAUAUAAAUAUAGAUAAUAGAGUAUUUUGUAGGUUUGCACCGUUGCUUUCAACAGUGAUUUCUCUCACAUCUUUUGGUUCCUACGUUUUUUUAAUAUGAGGCAUUUGAAAUUUGUACUCGUGUUGGCUAUUGCAGUCAACGUUUGGGAAUGUGGGGAUUCGAAAUUUGGCGAGAAGGGGGAAAUAAGCCCGAGGAGAAGGAGAUGUUACGACGGGAGCAUGCCUAAGCGACUGAAGAAGAGGGAAAGAAAACUGUCAGUGGACAGCGGUGCAAGCAACGGGGAAGUUUGUCACAGGUUGUACCCUCGUGUGUCAUGCUGCCCAACCAGGCGUGCUGCUUAUCAGAUAGUCCACCGGCGUGAUGCCAGGAUCUUCUCCACCAAUAACACGGAGUGCAGCCGUCUCCUUGAGGAGAUCAAGUGUGCACACUGUUCGCCCAAUGCCCAAGUGCUGUUCCACUCCCCCGAGUCGGACAAGGUCCCCCUCAGAGAACCCCACCUGCCACGCCUCUGCCAGGACUACUGCCGAGAGUUCUACUAUACCUGCCGCGGACACAUACCAGAGCUGUUCCAAGCCGAUGUGGAUGAGUUCUGUCAAUACUACGGACGGCGGGACGGAGGCCUGUGCUUCCCAGAUUUCCACCGAAAGCAAACACGGGGACAGGACUCCAACUACUUGGGAGAUGAGAAAGUCGAAGACAUCAACAGGAAGCACAAGCACAACUGCUACUGUGCCCAGGUGGUGCUGAGUGGGCUGAGGCAGCCAGUAGCCGUGGUGCACUGUGGGGACGGAUCCCAGCGCCUCUUUGUCCUAGAGAAGGAGGGCUUCGUCCGGGUGCUGACCCAUAACAUGGAGCUGCUGAAAGAGCCUUUCCUGGACAUCCACAAGCUGGUGCAGACUGGACUCAAGGCAGGAGAUGAAAGGGGUCUGCUAGGUCUCACAUUCCACCCCAAUUACAAGAAGAAUGGCAAGCUGUACGUCUCCUACACCACCAACCAGGAGCGCUGGGCCAUCGGACCGCACGACCACAUUCUGCGCGUGGUCGAGUACACCGUCUCCAGGAAAAACCCAAACGUGGUGGACAGUAGGACCAUGCGGAUGCUGAUAGAAGUGGCAGAGCUGCACAGGAAGCACCUGGGAGGACAGCUGCUGUUUGGCCCUGACGGCCUGCUGCACAUCGUCCUGGGAGAUGGCAUGAUCACCCUGGACGACAUGGAGGAGAUGGACGGCCUUAGUGAUUUCACAGGGUCUGUGUUGAGGGUGGAUGUGGACACAGACUGCUGCACGUCUCCCUACUCCAUACCCAGGAACAACCCCUACUUCAACAGCACCAACCAGCCACCAGAAAUAUUUGCCCACGGACUGCAUGACCCAGGCAGGUGUGCCGUGGACCGGCAUCAUACGGAUAACAACGGGAGUCUCUUGAUCCUGUGCACGGACGCCAGUGGUAGGAACGCGUCUGCAGGGAGAAUACUGGCGAUCACUAAGGGGAAAGACUACGAGAAUGAGGCAUCCAUCUUUGACCUGGCGACCAGUGGAGGAGCAGCACCUGUGGGAGGGUUCAUCUACAGAGGCUGUCAGUCCAGAAGGCUCUACGGGAGCUAUGUGUUCGGAGACAAGAACGGGAACCUGCGGAUCCUCCAGAAGGGCUCAGCGGCAGCGAGGGACCAGUGGCAGGAGAAAGCUCUGUGUCUGGGGACCAGCAGCUCCUGUGGCUCCGCUCUGGUGGGACAUAUCCUGGGCUUCGGAGAGGACCAACUAGGUGAAGUGUACAUCCUGGCCACCAGUAAAAGCAUGGCUCAGUCACACAGUGGGAAGCUCUACAAGCUAGUGGACCCUAAAAGGCCCGCGGUCCCUAAGGAGUGUCAGAGACAGGUGGAGGCCCCGGAGCUGCUGGGAACGGCCUGCUCACGGCAGUGUAAGAACGGACACUGCACCCCCACCGGGAAGUGUUGCUGCAGCACCGGCUGGGAGGGACCCUUCUGCAGAGUGGCUAAAUGCGAGCCGGCCUGCCGUAAUGGAGGCGUGUGUGUUGAGCCCCACAUCUGCCUUUGUAAGAGCGGCUACUCGGGCGCCCAUUGUGAGAAGGGCGAGCGGGGCAUGCCUAGCGACCAGGAGAAGGACGGCAUCCUGGACCACAUCAUAGACAUGACCUCGUACCUGCUGAACCUCACUAGCUACAUGGUAUAGGGGCAUGGGGAGGGGGUCCACUCCCACCGCAACCC